AUGUCGCUACUGGAUCACGUGGACACAGAUGUCACAAAUUUGAUCGAUGCUAUGGCCCAUAUUGUGUAUACUUGCAACCGGAAGAUGCACGCCCGCGUCGUCGAAGUCAUGUACACCCUCUUACACUCCUGGGGGCCACAGAUGCCAAGAAUGGAGUGCAAGAAGCAGGACGUCCUCAAAGCCAGUCAUGACUAUCGGAUCGUAAGCCACAUCCUGACGAAGAGUAGUGACGAGGGCAAUCGAUCCCAGAAAGAGACGCAGACUGUGUUCCGGGACUCCAGAAGCGAGAGGUCCUUCACUUUUUCGCUCUGGGCAAAGACUGACAAGGACGUCAAGGUGGACUUGAAGAUCGAGUGGGACUGCUUUUCAACCUCCAUGAGCCAUGCGGAGUUGGCGCGGGUGGUGAAGAGUGGAGAGGACAAGCUUCCCAUAGAGGCAUCCUUCAAGCUGCUCAGGCGGCAAGGUGAAAUGGCCUUCUAUGCUCGCUACCGCGAGGAGCGCAGCACGGAAAACUAUAAGUAUCGAACCGUCCGGACAUGGGAUUGGCGUGACAAAAACGAUCAGACAAUCAAGAAUGUAUUGAACCACAAGGGGUGGGCCUACUUUGCUUUCGUCGUCACCAUCAAUGAGCACAAGAUCAGGGGAGACCUUAAGAAGUCUCAAGAUCCGACCAUCCGUGAGAAGCUGAGUCUCCAAGUGAAGCAUGGAGACACAAGAGCCACAGCUGACUUGCAGAUUCUGUAUUGCAUCAAGCAGACGAAGCCGUUGCAAACAAGCCGCCUGGAAAUGACAAAGGCAGAUGAGCAAUACGAGGUGGUCUCUGAGCGCGGCGACGAUGAGUAUUCGCAGGCCGCAGGCUCCACGGCUGGUACAACGGUCAUCGGCAACCUCAAUGCUUCUGAAGGGACCACGGCUUUGACGAUGAAGUCGAUGAAUAUGACGACGUCUGGAGAUAUGGACGCUUCUGGGGCUUCGCCGACCACGAACCUGCAGGACGCUGGCAAAAGUUUCAUGGGCAGAAGUGAAGGCAAAAGCUCGUUCUUCGGUUCUGAAACCUCCGGUGGCAGAUCAACGAGAACGGACCUCCCGGCAAGCAAGUCGAGCAACAAGGCCAAGUGGCUAAAUCCCUUCAAUGAAGGACCCUUUGAAAAAGCACAGCUAGAAAACUUCAUGGCCGUGAUGCUGCCCUUCGCAGUUCAUCCAGGAGCUGUCCACGGCCUGUUGCAGAUUGCCCCGUCUGAUUAUUCACCGGAGCAGCGGGCACAGGUUAUGAGCUCCAUCACGAUGCCGGACGUCUUUCUGCAGCACAACCUGGUACCGUUGCUGGUGCCGAUGUGCAGCGGCCACGCAAGUGAGCAACUUACCCGUUGGUCCUGCAACACUCUAUACCUGAUGCUGAUGGCCUUUGUCCGUCCAGUCCCUGCUGGCCUUGCUGAAGAGAUAGAUGCUGCGAAAGCUCACAGGAAUUUUGACGGUGUGCUGCAGCAGUUCUUGCAAACAUGCCACCUGGGUGACCCUUUGCUGAAUCUUGGCGGAGUGCGAGUGCUAAUGGACGUCUUCUGGAAGCUGUUCACUCGACGCAAGCACUUCAUGGACACGCCGACGUACAUGAAGUCCCUGGACUCAGAAGUUGCCACAAAGAUGGCAGCAGACAAUUUCUAUCACGUCCCCUUUAUGGAGAGCGUGGUGCGGGUGCUGACUAGUCUGUGCAUCGGCAAGGACAGUCGAGCCGUGCGCGUGACGCAAGAUCUCAUCGCCAAGGAGCUCCUGGUAACCAACGAGGCUGCGGCAUGUCGUCGCCGUCCAGAGCCCGAGUGCUACGAGAACGCAUGGGCCGAGCAGCCGUUUACUGCUGAUAGAGACCAGGGCGAGAAGAAGACGCUGCAGCAGUUCUUCGAGGAAAAAGAUCGGUUUGUGUUAUUGACAGUUGGCACUCUUGUUUUGUUUGACCCACACGAUCCAGACCUCGAAGCAGCGGAGGGCGUGAAAAUUCCAAGAGUUUUGUGGAAUCAGAGUCGUGCUCAACCACCGCGGUACGCUUGUGGCCAGCACAGUGACGAUGUGACUCAGCAUGUCGGAGAUAAUGUCUCUCUCGAACGCUCUUUCUAUUUUGCCUUGGUGAAUCUACUGGCUCAUCUUUGCGCUGACCGCAACACUGCCAACUCCGCAUUGCUUUCACGGCAUAUUCCAGAAACUUUGAUGAAUGCCGGACUCCGAUUUGUACCACCCGGCGGGGAGCUGCUUCAGAGCGCUUUAGCUGACCCAAGUGUAGAAGCACGUGAUCUUGGUGACAUCAGUGACCUCGCAGGCCUUUGUGCUCAUACGUUCCUUCUGCUCUACGGCUUUUUGGGCCAACCGCCUUUCUCCGACGAGGAGCAUCGGAGUACCAUCAUAAAGUCAGUGUACCUUGAUGGCCGUCGAGCCGACGAUGACGACACGGUUUACGACGAAGCCGGAUCCAAUCUGGUUUUGGCUAGCCAAUCCCUUCAGUCACUCUGCCACAUGUGCUCGUGGCAGCUUGCUUCACUUGCCGACUUGUGUGAGAACAUGUGCGUAUUCAACAACAAGGCUAUGCCCAAACCGCCUGUUGCAUUUACAGAUGCCAUGAGCACCCUCAUCAGCGCACUUAGCAAGAUGUUGAGCAAACUCAUUGGCUUGGGAUAUUUUGAGCGCUUCCGGAUGCAUCACAGCAAAGCCGGUGAUUUGACGAAAGAUUUCGCCAACAUCUACAAGAUAGAUCACCUCGUUAGCAUCUUCACGCUUAUGCACAGGUUGCAAAGGACUCACCGCAGUGUCACCACGACACCCUUUGUUGCGGGCCUUGCAGAUGUCUGUCGGGUCAUAAACCAGUGUUGUGCUUUGUCUGUGAACGAGAAUAUCCUGCAAUUCAUGUCUGGGUUUCUCGAGUUCCUGCCUCCGUCGGUUCGCAGAAAAGUUGGUGCAAGCGGUGUGCCCAUCAAUGAGCACGCGCCGGCGAAAAGCAUCACAGGCUUCGAAAUCGAAGAAUGCGAGAGUGUGGAGAAGGUGUUGGCAGACCUCGGAAAGCCGUCUCUGCCAUGGGAGGCAGAGCAUGUUGGAGUGUCAGACGCCACGCGGAAUCUGGCGGAGUUCGUCACGGUGUUGCUUGACUUCGUUUCCUUGCCUGACGCGCGCCUUGCUAUUCAGGCAGUCCGCUUGCUUGCACGAUUAUGUCGCCGACGGAAGGAUUUCCUCGAAGCCAUUGACAGACUAGAGCUGCUUGAUAUGGACGAUGCCGAGAAGUUCAACUCAUUGGAAACAUGGGUGAAAGAAGCCGAUCGAGUGAUUGAUAAGAUCAACCAGCUUGAGAAAACCAUGCAUGAGGAGCAAAGCUUUGCUGACCGGGAGGGGUUGGAGCACUACUCGCAGCAGUUUGAAGCAAAUGAUUGGAACGAAGACGAUCUGCAAAGUGAGCAUGUUGAUCUCAAGGACAAGGCCGAUCGUUUAAUUGAGUACGCGGACAAGAAGCAGUUGCGUCAGCAAGUUGUUCGAAUGGCAGCAGCAAAUCUCCAAGGCGAUGCUCGCAUACUGAACUUUGAUUUUGAGGUGAAAAGCUUGCCAAAGCGGGAGUCUGAUGACGAUGACGAGAAUCGGCCCUGUCCGCUCUUCGUAGGUGUUUUGAGUGCUGGCUGGUUGCCUCCGAAAGAGGAGGCGGACGUGAAGAUGAACCGUUUCAAGCCACCAAGCGAAUUCUUCGGCUGCGACGAACUUGGCCAGCUUUACAUCCGUGGCCAGGCCAUAGACGAUACCUUUGGAGGCUUCUUCCAAGGGAGCUGUGUUGGCAUAGAGCUAGACUAUACAGGUGUUAACCCGAAGCUCUUCAUUUAUGUCGAUGGCUACAGAACAGCCUGCAUUGACAGAGAGGUGGAGGAAGGCUCCGUGCCCUGUGUCGUGUUGGGUUCCCUGCAGCAGAUCGUCAAGCUGAACCAAGGACGGCCUCGCCGUGGCAAGGGCCUUUUAAUCUCACCGAAGGACACGAAGAUUGAUGAGAACUCGCUAGUGGUGGACGUCAGCUAUGAUGUUCUCGGGGACAAGUAUUGCAUCAAGAGCCCUGGGGAGGAAGAGCCAACGAUGAUCUAUAGUGGCUGGAACUCGUGCUUCUGCACAAGUGCUUUGGACUUCCGGACCGAGUACCUCUCCAAGCUCAAAGCAUUCAAACUGCCCAUUCAUCCCAAGAAGUCCUCCACAUGGUGCAUCAACGUUUCUCUCACCCAAGCGUUCAUCGAGUCGGCUCAAUUCGUCCGUGGGGCCCAUGUUGCAUCCCAAAAGGCCUUCAACUCCUUCUACAGCAAUACAACCACACACUUGCGACGAAUGGUCGGCACAAAAUGGAAUCCUGUGCUUCGUGAAGGGUCCGACAACGAGCAAGUGGACACCGGACUUGUUGCCAUAGAAAUCCAUGAGAACAUGGUGUACGGCUCCACCCGAAUAUUCGUGUGCUUUAAUGAGGAGGAUCCCUCGCAACUGUCCCCGGAGCAAGAUUCGGAAAUCACACUGCGACUGCGAUUGACGCAGCUCUACCCUGUUAGAGAGGAGAAAGCCCAACUAGCGAAACUGUUCCGGCACUUCACUUCGAUUUGCAAACAGGGCGACGGACACUUGCUCAAGUACCAUCGUGUGGAGCUCCUUGCCUUGCGUGUUCUGAGCUUUCUGCGAAGUUCAGCUCCGCUGCGAGAUUCCAUCAUGGCUGAGAAAACUUUCAGACGCAAAGACAGCGCGUUCGACGUGGCCGUCAAGUUCUUGCAGGCCUUCACAGAGCUACUUCCAAUGUAUCGAGAGAUAUUUCUCAGACCUGACGUCUUCAAGUUCCUGGUCAAAUCUUUAGCAUACGAGGACAUGGGUGUUUCUUCCUUGCUUGUGAACAUCUACAAGGACAAUCUGGAUGCAGUGCAAAAUGUUACGCCAUCCUUUGUACGCGAGAUGAUGGACGUGCUCAAGGAGAAUCUCACAGCACGGCCGAUGGUCUCCUUGGAUGCCCUCAAAGUGCUCAAUGCAGUCGUUAGCUUGGGCAAAGACAAUCUAGAUGCGCGGAACAAUGGCAACAUCAUCGCCAUGGAGUUCUUGAAAGAGAACACCGUGUUCCGACUGGAAAGCCCCUUCAUUGCUAUGGCGCGUGAUGGGUUUCUGAGCGCAAAGAUCAAUCUGAAAGACAACAGGGACAGAAUCAAGGACUACUUGGAAGCGCUGGAGGUGACGUGGGAACUUGCUCUGUGCUCAAGUGUCCUUUUCCAGCAGCGGCAUGAACUACUUUGA